CUGGUCGACCCCGCAGUUCAAGAUUGAAAGACUUGCCAUUGUGAGAAAAACAUCAUACUGGGUUUGUUUGAGUCCUAUUUAAUUGUUUUAUGUGAAGUUCUUUCUUCUGUCUAAGGAACACGUUUACAUGGUAUUUCUAUAAAGGCCGCCAGGUGCGUCUCUGAAAAAAGAAAACAUGAGUCGCUUUCUGAACGUCCUGCGGAGCUGGUUGUUGAUGGUCUCGGUCAUCGCGAUGGGAAACACUGUGCAAAGUUUCAGAGAUCACAGUUUUUUAUCAGAGAAGCUCUACACAGGCACGCCAGAGUUUGUUAAUGGUCUCCAAGCUCGAACAUUUGGUAUUUGGACGUUACUGUCAUCGAUUAUCCGCUGUUCAUGUGCCAUUGAUAUCCAGAACAAAACGCUCUAUCACAUCACCUUAUGGACAUUUGUGCUGGCGUUGGGCCACUUCCUGUCCGAAGCCUUCAUCUACAAAACUGCUCCUCUUACCAUCGGGGUCAUGGCUCCUCUCAUUGUAGCAAGUUUCUCCAUCAUAGGAAUGCUGAUUGGGUAUCAGUGCAUCCCAGAGUCACAAGAGGAAGUCGGAACACGACAGAAGAAGCGUAACUGAGUUUUGAAUUUUCCAUUGCCCCUCAAAGUGACCACCAGGCACUACUGCACUGGUUCUCCUACAGUGCUGCUGCUUGCCUUGAAGAACAUGAGAUCUGUUUGAACAUUAAUUUCACACUGUAACACUUUAUGUUUUUAAACUGACAUUUUACAGUUCAGAGCAAUCAAACGUUCUGACAGAAGGUCAUGUUACGCUAGUGAUUCAUCUGUGCUGGUUAAUAACUCAUUAAUUCUCGAACGAUCAAUACAAGGAGUCUUCAUUCAGUAAGUAUCUUCACUGUCAGGCUAAAUCUCUAUGUGUAUAUGCUUAUAAUUGCUUCCACUUCCUAUACAUUUUUUUUAUUCAUUAUCUACCAAAGAACACAGAUGACUAUAGAGUCUAAAACUAUGCUCUUUAUUACAAAGUCUCAUAAACACAAAUAUCAAAAAUUAUUCUGUUUUUUUGUUUCGUGCUGUGAAAAGUUUGUACACCCAAUAAUUGUCCUAUAAACAUUUAAAAAGUGAA